UGUUUUGUCCGUGCAGUAACAUCGAAAGCUGACCUUAUGAUCUUAGGAAAGGACAGCUUUCUGUCUUCGAAACUAACACACAGCUGGCUAAGUAACUAGCUAUAUGAUUUUAAGCUCCGUUAAGAUGCCUGGAUCGGUUCCUGCAAGUGGCGAGGCCACGUGGCCCAAAGACGUGGGGAUCAUCGCCCUGGAGGUGUACAUCCCGUCGCAGUACGUGGACCAGGCGGAGCUGGAGCAGUUCGACGGCGUGGCGGCAGGGAAGUACACCAUCGGGCUGGGCCAGGCCCAGAUGGGCUUCUGCUCCGACCGGGAGGACAUCAACUCGCUGUGCCUGACGGUGGUGCAGAGGCUGAUGGAGAGGAACGGCCUCUCCUACGACAGCGUGGGCCGGCUGGAGGUGGGCACGGAGACCAUCAUCGACAAGUCCAAGUCGGUGAAGACGGUGCUGAUGCAGCUCUUCGAGGAGUCCGGGAACACAGACGUGGAGGGCAUUGACACCACCAAUGCCUGCUACGGGGGCACCGCCGCCCUCUUCAAUGCCGUCAACUGGGUGGAGUCCAGCUCCUGGGAUGGUCGCUAUGCUCUGGUGGUGGCAGGGGACAUUGCUGUUUACGCCACAGGAAGUGCGAGACCCACGGGGGGUGCAGGAGCAGUGGCCAUGCUGGUUGGGCCCAACGCACCCCUGGCUUUCGACAGAGGUCUGCGUGGUACCCACAUGCAGCAUGCCUAUGACUUCUACAAACCGGACAUGGUCUCAGAGUACCCUGUGGUAGACGGCAAGCUGUCUAUCCAGUGCUACCUCAGCGCGUUGGACAGGUGCUACUCGGUGUACCGCAACAAGAUCCAUGCACAGUGGCAGAAAGAGGGCAUUGAUAAACGUUUCAGUCUGGAAGACUUUGGCUACAUGGUCUUCCACUCUCCCUACUGUAAGCUGGUCCAGAAGUCCCUGGCCCGGCUGGUACUCAACGACUUCCUCAAUGACCCCAACCCCAACACAGAGAGUGGGUUAUUCAGUGGCCUGGAGGCCUUCAGGGAGGUGAAGCCAGAGGAGACAUACUUUGAUCGAGAUGUGGAGAAGGCCUUCAUGAAGGCGAGCACAGAGAUGUUUGUGCAGAAGACCAAGGCCUCCCUCCUGCUGUCCAACCAGAACGGAAACAUGUAUACUCCCUCAGUCUAUGGCUGCCUGGCCUCUGUCAUCGCAGUACAUACCCCUCAGGAGCUGGCAGGGCAGAGGAUCGGUGUGUUUUCCUAUGGGUCGGGAUUUGCUGCCACACUCUACUCCAUCAGGGUCACGCAGGAUGCCACGCCAGGGUCAGCGCUGGACAACCUGGUGGCCAGUCUUUCUGACCUCCUGGCCCGGUUGGACUCCAGGAAGAAGGUUUCCCCAGCCGUGUUUGCUGAGAACAUGAAGCUGAGAGAGGAGACUCACCACCUGGCAAACUACACCCCUCAAGGCAGCGUGGAGGAUUUGUUUCCGGGGACAUGGUACCUGACGCACGUCGAUGAGAAGCACCGCAGGCAGUAUGCCAGACGGGCUCCCUGGAUUGGCCAGUUCCACCAUGGUGACAGAGUGCACCCACAGUCCGGCAAAGAUGAAGCCGUGACCAUAACCAACGGAGAGCACUGAUGUCAGCAAGCUGCAGGCACACGCGCCGAGAGGUCACUGAGACACCCGAAAACGAGACAAAGGAAUGCAAAACAGGACCCCACCCACCUUUCCUCAUUUGCUCAGUGGCACAGCACUGAACAAAACAUAGCCUAACAGCAAGGACAGAGCUAACUGACGGAUUCGGAGAUGGCAGACACUCCUGCACAUUCUUCUAUUGGCCAUAUUCCCCAAGCUUCAUACUGCUUUAGCGUUGACACACAAGCAGUUACUCCUUUGUCUGGCUGGUUUCUAAAGAUGUAUUUUGUGUAUGUAUGUAUGUAUGUAUCUAUAUUGAAGACGUCUUUAAAACGUUUAAAAAAUGUUUUAACCAGCUGGUUAGUGGCCCCUUCUGAGAAUACAAUGUAUGAAAUGUGUUUCAUAUUUUCAUAGUUUUUUCAUUAAGUUUGUCUGCACUUUUGACACAGUGUCUCCAUUGUUAAUGGAGAAAUGGGUCCUACAUGGAGUCAGCUUUGGGAAUAUGGCCGCAAGCGUCCGGGGACAUAAAGGGAAGUGGGUCUCUUCCCACCCUGUUUAUUUCAUUAAAUGCUGCUGUUGCUGAUGCUGCAUUCCUGUUUCUGUGCUGUAGGGUGUUAACUUUAGUCAGGGCAUGGGCAUAGGCUACUCUUACCACUAGAUGGCGUAGCUAACACUACAGAUUGUGACACGUUUUGGUAACUGUUUUGACACCAGCGAGCUAUAGGCGUGACCAAUGACAGAAGAAUGGUACAUGAGACUAAGCCAUUCCUAAUAUUAUUACAGAACUGAGUUUAUUUAAAUCGGGCAAUUAGUGUUUUUGGGGAUGAUGGUUGUCUUAAAAUUUCAAUAGAGAGAAUUUUUUUCCUAACUUUGUAGACUGACUGCAUUAUCUAUCAGACUUUGAAACGAUAAAUGGCAAAAUAUAUGAGGGGGGGGGGG